AUGUCAGGACAUAAUAUAUUUGAAACUACAUCAUCAGCAUUCAAUGAAUCGUUAGCAUUGAUCAAUAAAGUAGAUUCAAGCAAGUUUACAAGAAUAUUAUCAAGAAUUGUACAAAAGAUAGGUGUGAGAGAAAAGGGAGAGAGAAUAUUCUCAGAGGCUGAAGAGGAGCAAUUGCAAGGGGUCUUGGGUCUAAGCACCAACCAACUCAGAUCAAUCAUUGAAGCAACCUCUUUUAUCUUGGAUCAAAUUGCAUACUAUGCAAUCUCUUCAAAUGCUCUUGCUUCACAAUUAGACAAGACUAUAUUAGCUAAAGACAAAAUCCAAACAUUCCAAAAUGUAUGGGAAGAGAAUGCAGAACAUAUAUUACAACAAUUAAAAUCUAAAACAGUAUCACCUAUGGUAUUAGAUGACAUUGGUUGGAGAUUCCAUCUUCAAAUGUCACAAUCAUCGAUGAGUAAAAUCAAACAAUCAUCUGCAAUCUUUGAAUUUAAUUUGAAAUCUUCAAAUUCAAAUGAAAAGAUGUUGUUGGAAUUUAAUAGAGAACAAUUACAAGACUUGUACUUAAAAUUAGAAGAUAUUCAAGAGAAAUUAGAUACAUUGUCUUAA